AUGGGGUGUGGAGCAUAAAAAAAUUCAGCAUGUCUUAAUGAAAAACUUAGAGCAAAAGCUUUAGAAAUAUUUCGAAGAAUAGACAUAAAUAAUUCAGGUUCAAUAGAUAAAGAUGAAACUUAAAAAUUUUGGAAAACAAAUUUUGCUAAAGUUAAUACUUAAGCUUUAUUCAAUGCAGUUGAUUUCGAUAAAAGUGGACAAAUAUCAGAGGAUGAAUGGAUGGCUUUUUGGGAAAUAGUUAAAAAAAGUGGUUAUACUGACAAAGAAAUCUCUGAAGAAGUAUUUUGUGUAUCAAUAAGAAUAGUUAGAUAAUUUAAUGGAAGGAAAGGCAUGGGUAUAAUUUAGAAAAGUUGAUGAAUUCGUGAAACGAGAUCAAUAAAGAAAGAACAGUUAAGUUUAAUAAAUAGUAAAAUAGAAUUCAAAAAGAAAGUCACUUGUAUAAUAAUAAUAAAGCUUUCAUCAAGAAUGA